AUGGCCGAAUCUAAGGACCAUGUUACCGUCCACGCAUCGGGCGUGGAGGUCGAUGGUGGUCGUGCGAGCGCUUCUUCGUCUCAUUCACUGCCCAAGGAUGCUGCAGUAGCGGUCGCGCAGAGCUCUUCUCAAGAAGAGCGCUCGGUACAACCCGCAGACCAAGUGGAUGAGCAGAAGAAGGGGUUCUUCGCCUACUUCAAGACCAAGGAGUUCUAUAUCACCGUGAUUCUAGGACAAAUCCUCGCUAUCGCCAAUACCUCGACCGGAACCUUCACCACGCUGCUUGGUAACGAAAAAUGGGCGAUUCCUGCUUUCCAGACUUUUUUGAACUACGUGCUUCUGAACGCCAUCUUUACUCCUUAUACGAUGUACCGUUACGGUUUCAAGGGCUGGCUCCGAUUGGUAUUCCGUGACGGCUGGAAAUACAUCAUCCUUGCUUUCUGUGAUGUGGAAGGCAACUACUUCAUCGUGCUGGCAUACCAAUAUACUACAAUGCUAAGCGCACAGCUAAUCAACUUCUGGGCUAUCGUCGUGGUCGUGGUAAUCUCAUUUGUUUUCCUGCGCGUGCGCUACCACAUCACUCAGGUUGCCGGUAUCAUGAUCUGCAUUGGUGGAAUGGGUGUUCUGAUUGCCUCAGAUCAUAUCACCGGCACAAACGGCGGUGAUAUUUCCAAGGGCAACCAACUGAAGGGCGAUUUGUUUGCUUUGCUCGGCGCAUCUUUCUACGGUCUCACCAACACCGGCGAGGAAUACUUCGUCAGCAAGAGACCUGUGUACGAGGUCCUUGGGCAGAUGUCAUUCUGGGCGAUGAUCAUCAACGGUGUGCAAGCGGGUAUCUUCGACCGCACCUCUUUCCACAAUGCGCACUGGGAUGGAAAGGUUGGCGGAUACCUGAUUGGCUACACGCUGUGUUUGAGUCUGUUCUACUGUCUCGCUCCGCUGUUGUUCCGUCUCUCGUCUGCUGCCUUCUUCAACGUUUCAAUGCUUACCAUGAACUUUUGGGGUGUUAUCAUCGGUGUCGAGGUCUUCCACUACCACAUUCACUGGAUGUACCCCAUUGCCUUUGUUCUGAUCAUCCUCGGUCAGCUCAUCUAUUUCCUUGGUCAGAGAGUUCUCAGUGAAGCCCGCAAGCCAUGGCUCGGGUCCAACCAGGAGGGUGGUGUUGUCGGACUCUUCACUGCCAAGAGAAAGAUUGAGCACGUCGUCCCUUCCGCUGAAUCGACCGACCAGGCAGGGCAUACCACGGUCAACACCAGCGCCGCUUAA